AUGGCAACCGCCGUCGAGCAACCCCUAGUGCCCCAGGAGCUCAGGACUUCGGCUCCCGAGUCUCUCCCCAAGAGUGCUAUCCCCGCUGUCGUUGCUUCUCCCGUUCCCGCUCCUGCAGCCACCGAAACUGUCUCAUUGAGAGCUGAGGAGACUCCCGCUCCCGCUCAAGAGACAAAGGCUCCUGUUGUCGCUGAGGCUCAUCUCGUUGAUACCUACCACCCUCCUCAGCGCAUGUUUGCUAAGCAUCCCCACCGGCCCCACCUUGCCAACCUCGAGGAGUACAAGCGACUUUACAAGGAAUCCAUCACUCAACCCGAGAAGUUCUGGGCUGAGCGCGCACGCGAGCUCAUCUCCUGGGACCGCGACUUCCAGACCACCCGAAGUGGUUCUCUUCUCAAUGCCGAUGUCUCAUACUUUAACGAGGGUCGCCUGAAUGCCUCAUACAACUGUGUCGACCGUCAUGCCUUCAAGGACCCCGAUCGUGUUGCCAUCAUUUAUGAGGCCGACGAGCCCAGUGAGGGUCGCAAUGUCACCUACGGUGAGCUCCUCCGAGAGGUCUCUCGUACCGCCUGGGUUCUCAAGCAGAUGGGCGUCCGCAAGGGCGAUACCGUUGCUAUCUACCUUCCUAUGAUUCCCGAGGCCAUCAUCGCUCUUAUGGCAUGUGUCCGUAUUGGUGCCGUGCACUCCGUUAUCUUUGCUGGUUUCUCUUCCGACUCUCUUCGCGACCGUGUUGUUGACGCCGGCUGCAAGGUUGUUAUCACAACUGAUGAAGGCAAGCGAGGUGGCAAGUUGAUUGGCACCAAGAAGAUUGUUGAUGAUGCUCUCAAGCAGUGCCCUGCUGUUGAGAACGUCCUUGUCUACAAGCGCACUGGCUCAGAAAUCCCCUGGACCAGCGGCCGUGACUUCUGGUGGCAUGAGGAGGUUGAGAAGUGGCCCAACUACUUCCCUCCCGAGCCUGUCGCUUCCGAGGACCCUCUAUUCCUCCUUUAUACCUCCGGCUCCACUGGCAAGCCUAAGGGUGUCUUGCAUACAACCGCCGGGUACCUCCUCGGCGCUGCUAUGACCGGCAAGUAUGUCUUCGACAUCCACGAGGGCGAUAGAUACUUCUGUGGUGUUGUAUUUGAGGGUACACCUGCCUACCCCAACUUUUCGCGAUACUGGGACAUUAUCGAGAGACACAACGUUACUCAGUUCUACGUUGCUCCCACCGCCUUGAGACUUCUGAAGCGUGCCGGUGACGAGCAUGUUCGUGGCAAGUUCGCUCAUCUUCGCGUACUGGGCUCAGUCGGUGAACCUAUCGCCGCUGAGAUCUGGAAGUGGUAUUUCGAAGUUAUUGGAAAGGAGGAGUGCCACAUUGUUGAUACUUACUGGCAAACCGAGUCUGGCUCUCAUGUUCUCACACCCUUGGCUGGAAUUACACCAACCAAGCCCGGCAGUUGUUCUUUGCCCUUCUUUGGGGUUGAGCCCGCUCUCAUCGAUCCUGUUUCUGGCGAAGAGAUUCACGGCAACGAUGUUGAGGGUGUGCUGACCUUCAAGCAGUCCUGGCCUAGCAUGGCUCGCACCGUAUGGGGAGCCCAUAACCGGUACAGAGAGACUUACCUUGAUGUCUACAAGGGCUAUUACUUCACUGGAGAUGGAGCUGCUCGGGAUCACGAGGGUUUCUACUGGAUUCGGGGCCGCGUUGACGACGUUGUCAAUGUCAGCGGCCACCGACUGUCCACUGCUGAGAUCGAGGCUGCUCUGUUGGAGCACCACUCUGUUGCUGACGCAGCUGUCGUUGGUAUUGCUGAUGAGCUUACUGGCCAAGCUGUCAACGCCUUUGUUGAUCUCAAGGAGGGCGUUGAGUCAAGUGAUGCUCUGCGCAAGGAGCUUAUUGUCCAAGUGCGCAAGAGCAUUGGUCCCUUCGCUGCUCCCAAGGCGGUGUACGUCGUGCCUGACAUGCCCAAGACACGAAGUGGCAAGAUUAUGCGACGAGUGUUGAGGAAGAUUGUUGCUGGUGAGGAGGACCAGCUCGGAGAUAUUACUACUCUUUCUGAUCCCUCUGUUGUUGAGAAGAUUAUCAAGGCCGUUCACGAUGCCAAGCGCAAGUGA